AUGGCCCGCAAGCGCAAGGCGGUCGGUGCCGGCAAUACGAAGCCGUCGGCGACAAGGAGCCGGACCUCUAAAUCUGCUAAUGCAGCCAAAACGACGGCCCCGAACGAGUCCAGCUCGGCGAUGUCAGCUACGAAUACCAGACCGAAGCGGAAUCCAAGACGGUCCGCCAAAGAUCCGUGGGAGGAGGAACGGUUGAUGACGAGCUCCAAGUCGCCGCUCGUUAAUUUGGAUCUUGUGAAAUUGCUUUCCCGCCCCGAAGCUUGGGAGUAUCUCGAGGAAUCGGAGAAGAAAGAAAUCCUGAGCUUACUGCCCGAAGAUGCACACCCGAACCCUCAUCCGUCUGAGGAUGACCCGGAUGCCAAGAUACCCCCUUUACCGGAGACCUUUUUGCGGUAUUCGAAUAAUUGGCGCGACGGGAUCCGUCAAUUUCAGCUCGAUCUCGAAAGCGGUCGCUACGAUCCGGAAUGGUUGCGCCAGGCCGAGGAAGCGUCGGCGCAGCGAGCGGCGGGUAAAUUCGACAAAUUCAAAGAACGAGAGUACGAGGAGUUCUGGGGACAGAAACAGACCUUCGACCGGAACCUGGCAGCAGGGCAAAGCGCCCAAGUUAAACUACAAACGCUGACGGAGCAAGGGGUUAUCCGUGAAGGUGAUGUUUGGAAAUACACACGAUGUGUUGGUCAAGGCGCAAAUAAAAUAUUGCUGGAAAAAGAAGUCAAGAUAGUAUCAAUUGAUGGCCCCCGGUUGUCAUUUACCAUCCCCUCUGGUCAACGCGUGUUCCUCUCCCAUAGCAAUGGAGAUGCGAAACAAUCGGAAACGAACAGUCAGCCAGAACCUACUACACCAAAACCCGAUGAGGCUGAAGCAGACAAGGCUCAGAAACCGAACCCUCAGCCAGAAUCUGCGACACUAAAACCAGAUGGGGCUGAACCAUACCAGGCUCAGCCAACGAACGAAGAAGUACCUUCCAAUGAAAACGGAGCGAUAGAUAUGGGUUUGUCUAAGAAACGUAAAUCGGACGCUGGCCCGUUCGAUGCGGAAGCUCCAGUUCAGAAACGGCGCCGAGGACGGCCACAGAACGCCGAGAAGGCUGAAACACCUGUGGUUCGUGACCAAGAAGCACCUUCAAACACUGGAUACCAGAAUUCAGAUACCACACCGGAGAGUAAUGACUGCCAGCCCGCCGAAGAAAACACGACCGCUACGCUAGUCGACGAAACGAACACAAGCUGUACAGAGACGAAGAAUGAUGAUCAAGCUGUGGCUGAUUCGGCACAUCCAGCCAAUACAUCUGGACCGGGCGAGCAGGCAGGACCUGCUCCUUCGAACACCUUUGAAGAAAGCGACGUUGUAACAGUAUCGGGUAUUACUUCGCUCAAUCCACUUGUUAUCAAGAUCGUGGAGCUCGAUGGCCGCAUUACAAAAAUGCCUCAUGGCAACGCUUGGAAGGAAUUUCGUUCUUAUCGGGACAAUCAAGAUAUGGGUAGUCUAUGGGAGGUCAGACAAGCUUGGUUUAUGAGAACUCACUAG